CUGUUUGCACAAUGUUAUUUUAAGUUCGAUAUUAAAUCUAACAGGUUGUGUGGUUAAACAUAAAAAAAUACAUAAAUUAUGUUCGUGAACAUUUUUGGAACAUUACUGCUGUUAGGAUUCUUUUCCAUUCAAUUAAGUAACUCAUUGGAAUGCUACAGCUGUAAUUCUCCACAAAGUUGCAGGUCUCCAGGCAAAACAACUUGCUCCAAUUCUACAGCUAACGCAACAAUUGCUCACUUGCAACAGAAUUUCGUUGGAAAUUUUAAUAACCAAACUUCGCGAGAUUAUAAAUGCAUAAGCCAAAAUUAUACCUCUCUUUAUUCCAAUAUCACAUACAAAGGUUGCGUAUAUAAUCGCGUUGAAGUAUGUAAUCUAUCACCAAAGAACACUGCCCUCAAAAGACAAAAAUGUGUUCAAUGUAGUUCAAAAUUGUGCAAUCCAGCAGGAACUUUCUCUUCCAGUGUACUUACCGUGUUUGUAUCACUUUUUGUAGUGACUGUGUAUAAAGUUUUAAAUUUGUAAGCAAAAAAAAAAAAAAAUUGUGUCGAAAAUUCAAAUUUAGUUUUAAAAUUUAGAAAAUUGUUAAUAAAUUUAAAUUAUAAAAAAAUUUA